GUGGGCAAGGGUGCUGCACCAGGUGCGUAUCGGAUCUCCUCGCGCAAGGGGCAGGGACGCGGGUGGAUGUGGAACGACCGUGGGAGUUGGUCCCGAGAUCGACUUCGAGGGGACCCGCGUGGAUGCGCGCGCCGCGGUCGCUGGGGCGGAGAGUGGGGAAGGGGUGGAGUUAACGUGGGAAAAGCGCGCGCUCGUGGACUUUUCUCGCUUACCGGCCCCUCCCCCAGUCCUUGCCGUGUCUGACCCCCUGGGGGAAAGGGGGAGAGAGGCAGAAGACUCCCCCUCAUCUAGAGGUUCUAGGGCCUUGGCCCAGGGCCAUGGAGUCUUUGGUGGUGACCACUGCAGCGUUGGAGCCGGGGGAAGGGGAGGUGACUUCUGGCCUGGAAGCUUUGGCUGUGGAGGACCCUGCGGGGGCCCCUGCCCGGACUGACUCGGCCCAAGAGGUAGAGGAGGAGGAGGGAAGGGAAAGGGCCAGAGAAGAAGUCCAGGUGGAGGUGGAAGCAGAGGAAUCGACCCUUGAAGAGGCACCGGUAGAACCAACGGGUACCUCAGAGGAGGAAGAAGAAGAUGACGACGAUGAUGAGGGAAAGGAAGAUUGGUGUGUGCCUUGCAGCGAUGAAGAGCUAGAGUUACCCCAGGAUGGGGAACCCUGGAUGCCACCCCCUGCAGAAAUUAGAAAGCUCUAUGAGCUGCUGGCUACCCAUGGGACUCUGGAGCUCCAGGCUGAGGUUCUACCCCGCCGGCCUCCCACUCCAGAAGUCCAGAGUGAGGAAGAGAAAUCAGAUGAAGAGCCUGAGGCAGAGGAGGAGGAAGAGGAAAAACCUCAUGUGCCCACAGAAUUUGACUUUGAUGAUGAGCCCAUGACGCCCAAGGAUUCUCUGAUUGACCGAAGACGUACCCCAGGGAGCUCGGCCCGGAGCCAGAAGCGCGAGGCCCGCCUCGACAAGGUUCUGUCCGACAUGAAGCGGCACAAGAAGCUGGAGGAGCAGAUCCUCAGGACUGGCCGAGAUCUCUUUAGCCUAGACUCCGAAGACCCUUCGCCUUCGACCACUCCCGUCCGACCCACCGGAGGAGGGCUCUUCUUGAGGCAGCGCAAAUACUGAGGGAACAGGAGACUCCCCUCUGCAGCCCCCCAGGACCGAGAGCGAGCCUGGCACGAGGCCGGCUGGAGAAGAAGCUAGCGACUGGAGGAGAGCAAAGUGGUGGGGUGGACUGUGUUUCGGUGGCUGUGUUUUUGUGACUGAGCAGUUACAUUCUGAGGUUUUUUAGGCCAACAUAAAUGUCUAAAUAAAGACUUGUAUCUAUACAGACAGCUAGUCCCC